AUGGCCUACCUCCUCGCAGGAGCGGCUGGGCUGUUCUACUUGCUGUACAAGGGAAAGCGCGAGGCCGGCGAUAGGUCACUGCAGCGAAAGAUAUUGAAAGAGUACCAAGACCUCUUUGAUGUUUCGACGCAAAGGCUGCGGGACGUGCAGCGCGACCUCAUCCUGCAAGUAGAAGCGGGACUCAGGGGCGACAAAUCGGGGCUCCUCAUGCUCCCAACCUUUGUGGACAUCCUGCCUACAGGGGAUGAGCAGGGAGACUACUAUGCCAUUGACCUGGGAGGAACGAACCUGCGAGUCCUGCACACCCGGCUCGGGCCAGGGAAGGGCGAGGCGAAGGAGCAGGACAUUCGGGAAUGGCCCAUUCCCAAGGAGUGCUUCAAUACCGACUCUGGAAAGCUGCUGGAGUUUGUGGCUGACUGCGUCGAGGAGAUGCUGGUCGAGCACCCGCCAGCGUCUGGGGCCCUGCCCGUUCUUGGCUUCUGCUUCAGCUUUGGUUUCAACCAGACCGCGCUCAACAAUGGUGUCCUUGUGCGGUGGACAAAGGGCUUCUAUGGCAAGGGCCUGAUUGGCGAGGACAUCGUGGGUGCGCUGCAGUGUGUCUUCCGGGCGCGGGGCAGGGCGGUGGAGAUCCCGGCCAUCCUAAACGACACCGUGGCGACGCUGAUCGCCCUACGCUACGCGGAACCCGCCACGCAGCUGGGCAUCAUCCUGGGCACGGGGACCAACGCCGCCUAUCAGGAGCGCAUCGACAGGAUCAAGACGCUUGACCCGGGCUUCAAGGGGCGCAGCGAGCACAUGGUGGUGAACACGGAGUGGGGCGACUUCUUUGCGGCCUCCCUCCCCGUCUGCGAGGAGGACGACUGGGUGGAUGCCGCCAGCGUCAACCCCGGCCGAGGGCGGCUCGAAAAGCUGGUGUCGGGGCUGUACAUGGGCGAGAUCGUGCGCCGCGCCCUGGCCCGCCUGGGCCAGCAUGCCGGCCUGUUCGGCCGCGCCGCCGCCCUACCCGCCGCCCUGCUCACGCCCGGCCGCGUGGUGGCCGCCAUGGACGGCUCCGUCUUCUGCCGGUACGCGGGGUACCGCGCCAUGAUGCGGGACACCCUCGAGCGCCUGCUGGGCCGCGAGGCCGCGGCGGCGCUGGAGCUGCGGGAGGCGCGGGAUGGGUCAGUACGUGGCGCCGCCUACCUUGCGGCCGCCGCCUCCCGAUACGACCACGCCCCCAGGGCCUAG